AUGGCCAGCUACCACCAAAAUGGGCAGCCUUACUACCCGUCGGGCAACCACCCUUCGUCCGGCCAGAACAGUGGCCAUGUUCCCUACGGCUCACCGUCCGUAUAUCCCCCGAGACCUCUCGAGCGCUCGCCCAGUUUCGACGCCGGAGACGACGAAAGGUACUUUGAUGGAGAAGAGCAACCGCGGGGAGGCCAGAGACACAACUCGUACGCUCCGGCGCCCACGGGAGCAGCAGCGAGUCCUCAGAUGAAUAGAGCUAUGUCAGCGAGCGUCCAAUCUUCGGUCACGAUGCCAUUCCGGACGAACACCCAGCAUGCACCAUUGAGCGGGUACCAGCAUCAAUAUCAGACUGCGGCGCCCGCUCACGCACCCUACAAUCCCGCUCAAUAUCAUCAACAGCAGCAGCAACAGGCCUCGUACAAUCCACAACUCUAUGCAGCCCCCCAGCCAGCCCAUCCCACAAGCACCUAUCAGCCCUAUGUUCCAGCUGCAUAUGGCGAUCAGAAUCUUGCUCGUCGUACCUCUGUCUACAACAGCUACGGAUCCUAUGAUGCGAAUUCUCAAUAUAAUUACUCUUCAUCCCAACAGCCCCCGCCACCUCCUCGGUCGGAAGGAGUCACAUUCCCUAACCCACAAGCCUACGGGGCGUACCAGCACGACAUGACCCAGCAGUACCCUAGCCAACAUUACGGUCCGUCGUCGGCUUAUUCUCCCCCGGCUCCAGCCCCCCCGCCGCACGGAAGGACGACGAGUAUACCAGAAGAGGCAUAUCCAUAUCCUACCGGCUCAUCGGCAACCUACCCAACCUCAACUCUAACGGCCUAUUCGUCUCCUGACAUCAACCGCAAUGCAUCAUUCGCGAGCCGUAUGAGCAACCAAUCUGCGUCCCCUCAACCGACCCUUCCCACGCCGCCGAGCAGACAACCUUCGAACAGGUCCCCUCAGCGUACGGGCACACUCGAUCGCCACCCUCAGGGCAGAUCGCUCCCAGGUCUCCCGCCAGAGCAGGACUCGGAAAAUAAUUAUUUCAACUCGACAGGAUCGCAGAACAGUGGAGCUCGUAACACUGCUUCAACAGGCUAUGAUGAUUUGAUGCAAGAUCUUGACGAAGCGAUAGGCCAGACGUCAAGACAUACAAGGUCGGGCAGCGACUUCAGACACCGGAAUUCACGAGACGGACGGCAGGAUGCUAUUCCCCAACAACCAUCGCCCAGGCCCCAACUUUCCCCGGACGAGGCGCCAACGCAUCUCAAUGGGAAUAUCGCCUCCACCGGGGACGCUUAUAUCAACUAUGGAGCGUUUACCGACGACAGUGACGCUGAGGCUGCUGCGGGGCUCGCUGCCAUGCAAGCCUUGGAUGAACAAGAAAGGGCAGAAGAUGCGCGCCGGCAUAGUGGGUCGGCAACCCUUUUUCCCAGCCAGCCACGUGCGGACGAGGCGUCUGCCAGGUUUUCCUCCCAGGAGCAAAGCAGCGACAGCGACUACGCCGGCUACGGCGACUUAAGUCUCGCUGGUGGAGGGUAUGCGCCUGACAUGGCCUAUGGUGAAUCUGUGGUGUCCAACUAUGCGGCUGCGGCGACAUCCAUGCCGCAAAGUGAGCUAUACGGGCGAUUGAACACCAGAAUGAGUUCGGUGCGCAGCUCUGGCGUCUCCUCGGAGGGGAGGGAGUCGCAGACAAGUGGAUUCGAAUCGAUCCCCCCGCUGGAGAGCGUCCAUCCCUUCUCUUACACGCAUAAUGUUGCUCGAGUGGACACUGGAGGCACAGGCGGCUUGACAGAACCGAGCCCGCACCCCAGACGAUUGAGCUACGAAGACGGAGACGAAUCAACCAUGAUUGAGGCAGAGACUAACCGGACUUCGGCAAGCUCAAGUCCUUCACGAGAAGAAAUGCCAGACCUCUUCUUCCAUCCUGGCAUGAGCCAGCAGCGUCCACUGCCGCCUCCCCCUUCUCUCUCAGACUCCGCGCUGCGAAUACCACAUCUCAUGCCUGCUGGCACUUACACGCAACAAAGCCGAUUUUCUCAGUACACUGACGCGAAUUUACGCGUCUAUCCCACUGCCCCGGAUGCUUACCCCGGCACACUACUUAGUCCGGCAAGCGUCCCUCGAUCCACUUCGCUGUCCAGCGCACGAAGUGCUCCUAGGGCCGAACAGGUUAACCGCUCGAAGACGGAUGCAGACCGUCAGAGGCUUCUGCGGCAGCAGGGGAGACCGAUGUCUGACCUGUAUGACAUUUCCAGCCCGCAAUCUGCGGUGGCACUGGACCUUCCGUCAAUUCCACGGAAGCGGUACAACCCCGCCAAGCUGACGACUGAUCAAUUCAAGAAAUGUUCAGAACCGUGGGCAUUGAGCUCGAUCUUGGCGUGGAUCAGGGAGCUGGCCGAGGAAGAAGUCGAUCUAAAAGAGAACAAUAUUGUUGAAGGCAUCGUUGCACUCUUCAUGAAUAAGGUGCCAACCAUGUACAUCACAGAGGCUGAAUCUCUAGGAGAACGAGUGGUAAAGGAAAUGUUGGACGCGAAUGCUCUUGUAAGAGAAGAGGAAUGGGUCAAGUUCGGGCCUGGGACAAUGUCUGGCGUUCUAUAUCAGCUGACUGGCACCGGGUGUUACUCCUCCAAAUUGCAUCUGUAUCACACCCGUGGGCGAUGUUACUCUUAUCAUUGCAUGCGGACUCUCAAGAAACUCGAUCUGGACACCCUGCCGGUUGAAAAGAAGUCUGAAGAUUGGGCGACGUUCUACAAACUCAAAAAGGAAGACGUUGAAACGCACGACAAGAAAGAAAUUGAACGCCAGAACGUCCUCCACGAAAUUGUCACAAGUGAAGACCUUUACAUCAGCCAAUUGGAUGUGCUCAGAGUCCUUUAUCGAGACAGGCUUUCUGGGGCGCAGCCGCCUAUCAUUCCGACCAAGAAACUGCCAACAUUCCUGAGGGAGGUGUUCGGUGGCGUGGACAAGGUGAAGAAAGUCAACCAAGACUAUCUCCUCGGUCAGCUCAAGUACCGACAGACCGAGCAGGGGCCCUGGAUUGUUGGCUUCAGCGACAUUUUCCGUGAAUGGAUUCGAAAAGCUCGGCCUGUGUAUGUGGAAUACGCUUCGAACUUUCCUCGAGCGGAUUACCUCAUGCGGCGCGAAGCCGAGCGAAAUAUACCGUUCAAAAACUUCCUUGACCAAGCUCGGGAGGACAAGCGGUCGAAUAGGCUAGGAUGGGACAAUUACUUGAAGGCUCCGAUUACCAGGCUACAGCGUUACAGCCUGUUACUCUCUACUGUCCAAAAGAACAUGCUGAAGGACUCCGAGGAGAAGGCCAACUUGGCCUAUGCUCUGGAUGAGAUUCGAGCAGCCACUUUUGAGUGUGAUUCUAAGUUCGCGGAGAUGACCAAGAAGAUGGAGUUGAUCGAAAUGCAAACCAAACUCAGGCUUCGACCGGCAAUGGAGAAGGAGGUCGAGCUGAAUCUCGACCACCUAGGGAGAGAAAUCAUCUUCCGGGGUGAUCUGCAGCGGGCCGGAGGUAAAGGCUUUCAAUGGGUCGAAACACACGCUAUUCUGUUCGAUCACUACCUGGUCCUGGCGAAGCCUCUCAGCCGUGAUCGCAGGGAGGGAUAUUACGACGUCUCAAAAGUUCCAAUACCGAUGGAUUUGCUCGUCCUUGAGAGCUCCAACGACCCUGCAGUUGUGAAGUCCUCGAUGAAGGGAAUCGGAGCGGUCACCACAACUGUCGCCCCCCGUGGCCAAGUAACCCCUGAUAAUCGGCUAACGAGAGCCCAGUCUACCGCUAGCGGCGGAACACCAGGUCUAUUGACACAUACAAACACCAAUCUCUCGAUAGGAUCUGGCAAUGCAAGCCAGAGCAUGGUUCCCAUCACGACACUGGAAUCGGGCAGUUCCAAAGAGGAGAAAAUCAUGUAUCCUUUCCGCGUCAAACAUCUUGGCAAGACUGAAACGUACACGCUCUACGCACCCAGUGCCCAGAACCGGCAGGACUGGUGCGAGGCUAUUAUCCAGGCGAAAACGCGGCAUGCUGAGGCGUUGUAUUCUCAAAAUGCUGAACCGUUUAAGCUGCGGGUACUCGCGGACACAGCAUUUGCCUACGAAGGUCUCACGUACCCCGCGAAGCGAAUCUUGAUCAAGGGAACUCCCCUGGAUAGGGCUAUCCGAGAAGCCGAGAAGAAAUUUGAAGGCCAGGGCCGACCUGCACCAGUGUGCCGAGCUCCCGUCAACUGCGCCACUGUGUUCAAUCAACCAUACGGACGGCUCAUGUGCGCCAUUGGGACCGACUACGGCGUUUAUAUCUCCGAGUACCAAAAUUCUCGGGGAUGGGUCAGGGCUAUUCAAAUGCAACGGGUGACUCAAAUUGCAGUACUGGAAGAGUUUAACCUCUUUUUACUCAUCUCAGACAAAGCUCUUAUUGCCUACCAUCUCGACGUUGUCUGUCCCCCCACGGGCAAUCCAGUCGCACAGAAUGACACUUCGAGCCGGAAGGCACCACAGAAGUUGUCUGGGUCCAAGGAUAUCGGCUUCUUCGUGACUGGCAGGAUGAAGGAGCGGACACUGGUAUUCUACAAGAAGAGAGAUGGUAUAGCCUCGACCUUUAAGGUCCUCGAACCUGUCCUUCAAAAGAGCACCACUACCCGAUCACGUUUCCUGCCGUCAGCGUCACGCCGUGGACAGACCGAAUUCUUCCGGGAAUAUGACGAGUUUUACAUUCCUGCCGAAUGCUAUGGAUUGAACUUGUUUCAGUCAAGCUUGGCAAUAUCGACCGCGAGGGGGGUGGAAGUAUUGACCCUAGAGAAAAAGCAAACGUGGAGCGUGCCGAACCUACGAAGCGACCAGCCAGAGACACAAGCCCAUCUCAGUUCCAUUGCCACCCGGAUCAAAGACCUGAAGCCAUUGGGCAUGUUCAGGCUUGGAGAAGCCGAGUUCUUAGUCACUUUCGAAGAAUGUGCAGUCUAUGUUAACAAACAUGGCGACAUUUCUCGGGGUGUAGUGAUGGAAUUUGUGGGUCGAGCCAAAUCAGCAUGUCUGUACAACCAGUAUCUGAUAUUGGUUGACAACGACUUUGUGGAGAUACGGGAUGCCCAAAACGGGCGGCUGAAGCAAGUGAUUGCCGGGAAAGACAUCAAGUUACUCGACGACGGUGGUGGCGGCUCAGGAGGGGCUCAAACGCAGACUCAAGCUAUGUUGGGAGGAGGAAUUAAUGGACUCGGCCUCAAGAAUUUUGGAAAUGCACCACGGACACCGAAGAUAGUCUUGCAACAUCCGGAGUACGAAAAGAGCCACGUCGUCGUCGAGUUGCUGUUGACAACCGACACGGCUUAA